AUGGCGGGUGAGGGUUCUUCUUCCUCCAAACGGAAAUCGUCAAAGAGGAAACGCGACAACACUUCCUCUCAGAAGAAGAGCCGAAGAAAGAAGCAAAAGCGUGCUUACGAUUCGGAUUCCUCAUACUCCAAUGAUGAAUCAUUAAGCCCAGAACCCACAUCGAAAUCCGAACAUAAAAAGAAAAUACGCAAGAAGAAGAAGCUUUCGAGUGGCCACUCAACGUCAUCCUCACCUUCAUACAGGGAUCGAUCUGUGAGUUCAGAUUCUGAUUCCUCAUCGAGAGGUUAUAGGCGUAAGAAGGCCAGACGAUCACAGGUUAUAGUUAAGAGCGCAAAAAAAUUAGAUCGGAAAAAGUCCACACGCAGUGGGAGAAAACGGAAAAGAUCGGGUAGAGAUGAUUCUGGUAAACCCAAAGUUAGAUCAUCAAAGAAGAAGGCCCGUAAAUAUAUCAGCGAUUAUUCAGGUUCCGAUUCUGAGAGCUGCUCUACCUGCCAGAGUACUAGCAGCAGCAGUUCAGCAGAUAGGGAGCCAAAAACGAGUAAAAUGGUUACUGAAAAAGAAAGAGAAAGGUUUAGAGGUAGAAAUUCUUAUGAGGAUCGUGAAAAACUUGACAGAGGUAGUAAAUAUAGUGUGAGUGCUGGACAUGAUGAUGUGGCAUUAUCGCCGGUGAUUAAUAAUCCUAGACGGCUGAAGUCAGUUAUUGCUUUUGCCGAUCAUAGGUAUAAUGAUGAAGAAGAAGUGGAGAAAAGCAGAUGGGCCAUGAACCCACAUGAAGAAGAGAUUGUGUAUGACCAAAAUGGUUACCCUUCCCUCAAAAGUCCAGACAGUAAUGAAGAGGGAACUAAAAUGGAGCUUGGUGAUCAAUCUCACGGUAGUUCGAGUAAGAUGAUUGGUGUAAAAGAUGGUGAUCGUCAGAUGGAAGCCGUGGAUAUGCAUAAUGCUGAUAAGGGGAAAGAGGUCGACGAUAAGUCUGUUCUUGAAUCGAUUUUGAGGCAAAGAGCUUUGGAAAAUCUGAAGAAGUUCAAAGGGAGGCUUCAAACAACAGGUCAAACAAGCUUGAAUUUGGAAAUGAAUGAAAAGAGUAAUGAGAAAAUGCUGCCAGAUGUAACAACGGUUAGCUCUGAUCUUCAAAAAAUGAACCAGAGUAGCGGGCCCUCACAAAAAAGUGAUCUUUCUCAGAUAACAGAUGCUAAGAGUCUCCUGGAUAGUGAAACUGUCGAGAAAGAACAUGGAAUAAUCAUACAUACUGCCGAGCAGCUAAAUGAGGACAAAUACAUGAAUUCUGAUGCUAGCCUGAAUAGAACUGUUUCACGAGUUGACACUUGUCCGGGAACCGAGACUACACGUGCUGGCAUUAAUUCAAACUCAAAACCAUCUUCUUCUUCUGUUGGGGAGCAUAAGUUAGAGAGAGAAAAUGAAGCUAAGGAUGGUUCUUUUGAACAGAAAACGAUGUCUGUGAUGAGGGGAGGGGAAAUGGUACAGGUGAGCUAUAAGGUUUACAUCCCAAAGAAAGCCCCUGCACUGGCCAGGAGGCAACUCAAACGUUAA